GAAGAGACUGCCAUGGCUGGCACAAAACACCUAACAAUUCCCCUUCUUGCCAGCCAAUGACAGGUGACGGUGAAUAUGUCUGAGAGGGCGAGCAGGUGUCCUGCCACCUCUCCUGUUCUUUAAUGGGCAGCUCUUGGAUUGCAGAGAAAGUCUUUGGGGUGACCACGAUGCUGUUGACGGAUGCGACGUGCCCAAUGUCAAUUCUCUUAGGUGGGACCCUCUUGUUGGACCGCUUUGACCUUCUGACCACCUGCCACUCACCACCCUUUUCCUCUGUGGGUUCUUUGCCGACUGGCUGUUCACGACCGGGAUGUGGAGGCCCUCGGUCCCAGGCGUUGGGCAUCAUGGGCCUCUGGAGCAUCGCUGGAGGCGAAGAGUCAGGUGAAGAUGGCGUGUCUUCCCCCUCAGGACUGGACGGCUCACCCUCCUCAUCUGGACCAGGUGGCGACUGGGCAUGCGCGAGGCUCAUUUCGUGCUGGAGGUCGUCGGGAGCGGAGCUCUCUGUUGCUGGCCUCAAGCCUAGGCCUAGGCUUGCUGCUGGGAGGUUGGGCUCGCCCCUGGCCCUCCCUGGAUGGCAGAAGCUGUGGCUGGGCCUCUGGAUCCCCGGUGAAGAACAGGAGCAGCUGGGGCGGCGAGCCGGUCAUAGGUCGAGGACUCCUGGAGCUCGGCAGCACGGCAGCGGCGGCGGACAUAAGUCGAGGACCUUCGGGGACCUUGGGUGCGGCAGCGGUGAAGGCUGCGGUAGCGGCAGACCCUGA